UACUUCACAACUUGAGACCUCACAGAAGGGCGGCGAGUCACUCAAGACAUUUAAAAAAAAAAAAAAAAAAGGCUCGUCCGGUGUGGUCGACUUGGACUUCAGAGACACACUCACAGACUUUUAGGGGCGCUUUUAUUAGACGGACAUGGCUUUGGUGACGUGCCGGGUCCAGUUCUUGAUGGACUCGGAUCCUUUUAUCUGUACCAACUUUCCCGAACCUCGCAGACCCCCGACGGUGGACGUGGAGGAGAACCUGCCCCUGAGCGAGGUGGUUCCGACCAUCCACAAGCUGCUGGACGCGCCGCUCAAGCUGGAGGAGUGCACCUUGCAGCUGUCCCCACACGGGAACUACUUGGACUUGGACGCCUCGCUGUCGGAGCAGAAGGACGAGCUGGAAAACUUCUACCAAGACGUGGCGAAAGGAAGAAGGCCCAUCAUGGUUCUGAGGACACAGCUCUCGGUGCGAGUCCACGUCAUCCUGGAGAAGCUGUACAACUGUCACGGCCCGGAGCUGCGCCGCUCGCUCUUCUCGCUCAAACAGCUGUUCCAGGACGACAAGGACUUGGUCCCGGAGUUCGUGGCGUCCGAGGGAUUGACAUGUUUCGUCAAAGUCGGCGCCGAGGCCGACCACAACUACCAGAACUACAUCCUCAGAGCUCUCAGUCAGAUCAUGUUGUUUGUGGACGGCAUGAACGGCGUGAUCCGCCACAGCGAGACGGUGGAGUGGCUCUACACCUUGACAGGAAGUCAGUCUCAUCUGGUGGUGAAAACGUCUCUGAAGCUGCUCAUCGUCUUCGUGGAGUACGCCGAGUCAAACGGUCCGCUCCUCAUCGACGCCGUCAACGCCGUGGACGGACGCAGAGGCGCCGCUCCGUGGUCGUACAUGAUGGACGUGCUGCAAGAAAGAAACGGCGCCAACGCCGAGCUCCUGGUGUUCGCCAUGACGCUGAUCAAUAAGACGCUGGCGGCGCUCCCGGACCAGGACUCCUUCUACGACGUGACCGACUGUCUGGAGCAGCUGUCCAUGGAGGCCGUGGUCCAAAGGCACGUGGGCAACAUGGACGCCGAGCCCGACCUCCGAGCGCAGUUCGCCAUCUACGAGGCGGCUUUGAAGUUCGAGGACGGCGACAUGAUCGACCCCUCGCCUCACCUGCGCAAGGAGCGACGGAAGACGGCCGCCGGCGAUCAGGAAGGUCGGCGGAGUCGCCGCUCGUCCAGCCAAAACAUCCCCGACCUCGUGGCGUCCUCUGCGGGCUCCUCCCCCUGCACCUCGCCCAUCCCUCCUGCCUCCCGCACCGCCGCCGGCAGCCCGCUCUCGCCUUCCCCGUUGACCUCCGAACCCAGCAGCCCCGCCUCCAGCCCCUCCGGAUCCCUGAGAGGGUCCCCUCAGCCCUCCAACGGAGACGCCGAGCACGAGCAGAAGACGCCGUCCAGCCCGAGUCGCUCUUUCCUCAGCCACCACAUGUCCGCUUUGGGCUUGAGCAGGAAGUCCCGAAUCUUCUCCAAGGCCAGCUCCAUUAAUGAGGACUCGCCGACCUCCCACGGCUCGUCGCCCUCCAGCACGGAGAAAAGUUCCGAUCAUCAGAGCAGCAACAAGACGACUUUCAACGAGGAUGACCUGUUCCAAUACCCAGAAACCUGUAACUUGAAUGUGGACAAGCCCAUUCUGAGGAAGUUUGAAGACACCUUCCUGCGGAGUCUGGCCGCCACCCAGUGGGAGAAGAGGAGGCGGAGUAAACACCUGAGCCGCUCCACGCUACAUUCGUCUGAUGAUGUCAUCACUCCGGACCCACAACCGGCCGAGGACAACAGCGGGGGAGGGCUUCCUGCUAAUGGCGCCGUGCAGAGACAGUGCAGCACACUCUCCAACGACAAGAAGUUCCUUCUGGACAUGCUCUUCUCCAAAGCCUCCGCCCCCACGCCUACAAGCCCGACCGCCGCCCCGGACGAUGCUCUUGAGGAUGGCAACUUCCUGCCUGGCGACGGGGGCCUGGUGGGGCGGGGCCGGGUUCUGGAGCGCCUGUCCAGCCUCCGGGCACGCUCCGAGGAGGCGGCCACCGCAAGCGAGAGUAGCGCCUCCCGCAGGGCGGAGCUCGAAGGGCUGGAAGGCUCCGCCCAGGUGGCGCUGGCCCGCCUGGCAGAAGGGCAGCAGAACCGCUACGUGCGGCAACAGAGCAGCGUUGACGUCGAGGGACACGCCCAACGCCUGGAGACCACCCAGAGUACGCCGUUGGGUGCCGGGGGGCCCGCCGACGCUUGGGACCAGCUCCAGCCCAGCAGCUCCACCCUGCGCAUCAAAGACCUGGACUUCUCUGACCUCCUGGACGAGGAAGAUAUUGACGUGUUGGACAUGGACACUUCUGACUCCGCUUCCUCAUCUGCUCCGCUUUUGUCAGGGUGUCCUCCACCGCCUCCUCCUCCUCCUGGUGGUGUAGCGCCGCCACCGCCUCCUCCUCUGCCGGGUCAUCAAGCGACGCCUCCCCCUCCUCCUCUGCCUGGUGGUCUAGCGCCGCCACCGCCUCCUCCUCCCCCUCCCUCUGUGGGUACCCCUCCCCCUCCACCUGGGGCUCCUUCCUCCCAAUCGGCAACCUUCCCGAGGAAGAAGAAGACCGUCAAGUUGUUCUGGCGGGAGCUGAAGCAAGCAGACGGACCCAAAAAGUGUCGCUUCGGCCGCGGGACGGUGUGGGCGUCCUUGGACAAGGUGCAAGUGGACACCAACCGGCUGGAGCAUCUGUUCGAGUCCAAAGCCAAAGAGCUGGCCGUCACCAAGAAAGUCGCCGAGAUCAAGAAAUCCGAGAUCCAGGUCCUGGACUCCAAGCGGAGCAACGCCAUCAACAUCGGCAUGACCGUCCUUCCCGCCGUCCACGUCAUCAAGACAGCCAUCCUCAACUUCGAUGAGUUCGCCAUCAGCAAGGAGGGAAUCGAGAAGAUCCUGACCAUGACGCCCACAGACGAGGAGAAGCAGAAAAUCCAGGAGGCCCAGUUGGCCCAUCCAGACGUUCCUUUAGGGACAGCAGAACAGUUCCUCUGCAGCCUGGCCUCCAUCAGUGCCUUGACCCCCCGCCUGCAGCUCUGGUCCUUCAAACUCAACUACGAGGCUCUGGAGAAGGAGAUCGCAGAGCCGCUCUUCGACCUGAAGCUGGGUAUGGAGCAGCUGGCGUCCAAUCAGACCUUCAAGAAGAUCCUCGCCACGCUGCUCGCCAUCGGAAACUUCCUCAACAGUUCCAACGCUAAAGGUUUCGAGCUGUCCUACCUGGAGAAGGUGGUGGAGGUGAAGGACACGGUGAACAGGCAGUCCCUGCUGCAUCACACCUGCACUCUCAUCACCGACAAGGACCCGCAGUCCUCCGACGUCUACUCCGAGAUCCCCGCCAUAACGCGCUCCGCCAAGGUGGACUUUGAGCUGCUGGCCGAGAACCUGAUCCAGCUGGAGAGGCGCUGCAAGGCAUCAUGGGACAACUUGAAGGUGGUGGCCAAGCAUGAGACCAAGCCGGUGCUGAAGAACAAGAUGGCCGACUUCCUGAAGGACUGCACGCAGAGGAUCAUCAUCCUCAAGGUGGUCCACCGCCGAGUCAUCAACAGGUUCCACUCCUUUUUGCUGUUCCUGGGUCAGCCGUCGUCGUCGGCGCGGGACACCAAAGUGACGGACUUCUGUCGCAUCAUCAGCGAGUUCUCACUGGAGUACCGCACCACCCGAGAGAGGGCGCUCACGCUCAAACGCAAGCGGGCCGCCCACCGAGAAAGAACCAAGACCCGCGGCAAGAUGAUCACCGAGACGGAGAAGUUCUCCGGGGCGGUGCCUUCUAGUAGUCCGUCCCCUGUGGAAGCGGAGCCUGGCAUGGAGGCGGAGCAUGAGAGCAUGACUCACCUGCUGACCAGCGACCAGGGAGGUGCUAGGCGCUCGCGAGCAGUCCGAAGUCUCGGCAGACUGAGUCCGUCUCCCGUGUCGGCGCCUCAGGAUGCCGAGAGCGUCUCCCAGGACGACGCCACAGACCAGAUCAUGGACAGGCUAGUCAAGUCGGUGACCCAGAACCCCUCAGCGAGGCCGCCCAGUCCCAAAACUCGCAAGCGCUCUCGUCUGAACAGGAAGUCCAUGAGGAGGACUCUGAAGAGCGGCCUCAGUGUGGACAUGGUCCAGGCUCUAGGACUCAACAAGACUGAGGAUGUUUGAGCGCGUGGACACAAUGGACGUUAAAAACUGUCGGUUGGUGACCUCAGGGUGGACAUGACGUCCAUCUAUAAUCUUAUUUUUAAAAGUUGCAUUUAUUGUGACUCUGAAAGUCCUUUUUUUUUUUUAGAUUUGAUGCCAAAACUUGAAUGUUUUCAUGUCAAUGUAAACUAUUUUAAAAGUUUUUAAAAAAUAGUCUUUGCUCCACGGUUAACUGUAAACGGAAUUUUCUUUCACUAAAUGUGUGUUUCUGUGAGAGCACCUCUGAGGUUGUAUUGCACAUGCACUCACUUUUUGGAUCACGUAUUUUUGCACUUUUCUGCACAUGUGUGUGUUUUUAACUUAAAUGAGUUGAAAGUUAUUGUAAAAUGUUUAUUGGGUGAACAUUUGUAAUAAAUGAUUAUUUCAUAGGCAAAUAA